AUGGCCGAACAAACACGACUCCACAUCUGGCUGAACCUGCCAGACAAUCAAGUUCGCAACUCAGAACCACUGGAGACCUCCCUUGGUCCCGGAGUGUGGAUCUCGAACAAUGAUACUCAGUCGAAUGCUUCUCAGCUUAGAAAGAGUCAAGAUUCAGCCAUAGCCGCGCUUCUCCAGGAAUGCAUCGCGCAAGAAGAAGGCAUGUGUGUCUUCCAGGUUCCUAGAGUGAGCGGCUUUACAGGGCAUGCCGACCCUUGGGCCUUUCGUGUGGCAGACUGUGCCCUUGUUUCCUCGACCAAGUCAUUUCUCUCACCACUUCAGGAGAUAAUAGCUCCUUCCGACGCCACCACCAACAACAUUGUUGGCGUAUUCAAGGCCUUGGAAGCAUCGAUAGGGGCUAUUAUAUCCCCUCUGGAACUGUGCAAUGAGACUAUCGACAAACUUGAGUUUGAAGUCACACGAAGGCUUUCCUUUCCUUUUAUCUCGCCAGAGCCUAUCCGCAAACGGCGCAUAUGCUUCCUGAUAUGGAGUCGCAUAGCGGCCAAGAGAGCGGCAUGGGCUAAUGCGAAGGCGCUGGGUAUCGAAGUCGUAGUCAUGAGUUCUGGCCCGUGGUCCAAGGAUGAUAAGCCACCACAGGAGUAUCUGAUGGAUGGCUAUAUCAAUAUGGACAUGACGACCGACGAUGGCUUCUGGAAAAGAAUCGUCGAUGCGGUCAAGGCAUACCCAGAUCCAAUAGAUGGUCUCAUAGGGCCGUGGGAUAUGUUCAUGGUGCCGACGGCCAAAGCAGCGAGAGAGCUCGGACUCUAUACACCAGGACCAGAGGCUUACUCGAUUUCAACAAACAAGUAUCGCACGCGCCAGAUGCUCGAUCCCGAAGAGAAAGACUUUUUCACGGUGCAGAAUCUCAAAGAGCUGGAUUCGAGACUGCAGUCUCCUAAAUCCGUCAACUUCCCGGUUGUAUGCAAACCAGUCGCCGGACUGAGCAGCUGGGGAGUCUACCGCGCAAACAACGCCCCACAACUGCGUGAAGCCGUCGAGAAAUCCCUCAUCGUCAGCCAAGAGCUUCCCGAUCUGAGGGUUGUGGUCGAACCAUACAUCGAUGGGCCUGAAGUGGACUGCAACAUCGUCCUCUUCAAGGGCCGGGUUCUGUAUACUGAGAUUGUAGACGACUUUCCUUGCUCCGCAGACCUCGCGGAGGAUCCGACAGGAAAGCUCUUCACAGAGUCACAAGCGGCUGUGCCAUCGAGGCUCCCUGAGAAUGAACAGCGGGCCAUCACAGACGAGGUUGUCUCGGCAGUUCGUAAAAUGGGCUUCGACACUGGCGUGUUUCACUGUGAGGCGAGAAUUUGCAACUCGUCCAUGAAAUACACUUUCACCAAAGGUGCAACGAUUCCAGACCUUGAGCCUAUAGCAGAGCCCAGAAGUUCCGAGGACACUCCAGUAUAUCUCCACGAGGUUAAUGCCAGGAUGCCAGGACCAAUGAGUUCAGCCUCCAGCGUCAUUUCACGCGGAAUCGACUUUUGGAUGCUGGGCGUUCUCUGCGCCGUUGGUGAAUGGUCUCGAUACGAAGCGUUUUCAGUUCCAUUUCUGAAUCCAGAGGUCACCGACCACACAUGGCUCAUCAACUGCAUCGUGCCCGUCAGCCUGGAGCGCAUCAAACCCCUGUUCCCCGAUCAUCCGGCAGAUCAGCUUGGACAUCAGGCGGUGGACAGCAGUCACAGCCCUAUAUUGGAACUGGCCAAGACCCACCCCCAUUUGACGAAGCAUGUGGCACGGCACCAUGUGUAUAUAGAGCCUGCGACGAGAUUGGGAGGCAAGGAGGGUGAUUGGUUGUGGACUAUGUGUAUGGUGUUUCACACUCCGCAUAGUCGGGAGCACGCAUUCCAACUAGCUCAGGAAUUCCCAGAGGUUUACGAGGCUUUUGUAAGGGACAGGUAUGGCCAUGGCUAG